AUGUCGAUUGCGCUUUUCCUAAAGCAAAGAAAGAACUAUCCAUACCCUCCUGGGCCGAAGGGCCUCCCGGUCAUCGGAAAUGUCUUCGAUAUGCCGUCGAUAGAACCAUGGGUUGCAUUUAGAGACUGGUCUCGCGAGAUAGGCUCUCCUAUCAUUAGCUUAAACGUCCUGGGAACGACUAUCGUAGUGCUCAAUGAUUUCAAGACUGCAGUCGAUCUAUUUGAGAAACGAGGGGCCUUAUACUCCGGCCGCCCUCGAUUCCCGAUGUUGGUAGAAGCAUGUGGGCUCGAUUGGACCUUCCCUUUGUCUAACGGCGAGCACUGGAAGAUCUGUCGUCGUUGUUUCGACCCUUUCUUUCGUAAAGGGGAGGUGCUGCAGUACAGGGAACGUCAGAUGUCUACAGUUCGUUCGCUUUUGGCCCGGCUUCUGGACUCUCCGGAGCGAUUCGUGCAUCAUAUUCACCAUGUGACGGGAUCUUUGAUGCUCGACAUCUCAUAUGGUAUUGAAACUAAGCCUGAGGGCGACGAAUUUCUUGAUACCGCGGACAAGGCACUUAGAGGGGUCGAGACAUGCGAUAACAUGAGCAUCAUCGAUAUACUUCCUUGGAUCCAACAUAUCCCAAGCUGGGUUCCUGGCAUGUGGUGGAAGAAAAAGGUAGACAUCUUGAAGGCUCAAGUCGUACGUAUGUCAGACGGACCGUAUGAGUGGCUAUUGCAGCAAGUCAACAAAGGCUCUGCAAAACCAUGCAUAGGAACCGACCUCAUUUCCAUGUUUGAUGACGGGACGAUCGAUACUCCUCGUCGAGAGGGCACGAUCAAAAGCGUCGCUGGUACUGUAUAUGCCGGCGGCUCUGACACAACAGUUUCCGUCAUCCACUCGCUCUUUCUUGUCAUGAUCCUAUUUCCGGACGUUCAACACCGAGCGCAUGAGGAGAUUGACCGCGUUGUCGGCUUGACUCGUCUACCUGAAUUCUCAGAUCAAGAAAACCUACCCUAUAUCACAGCCGUCGUCAAAGAAGUCCUCCGAUGGGCUCCUCCUUUCCCGCUCGGUAUACCGCAUUCUUCUGCUACGUCAGACCUUUACAACGGGUACUACAUCCCGAAAGGCGCUACUGUUCUUGCAAACUCUUGGGCAAUUCUACGUGAUCCAGUAGCCUAUCCCGACCCAGAAGUCUUCAACCCGUCUAGAUUUCUGACCGCUGACGGCAAAGCGAUCGAUCCUACUGUUCGCGACCCCGAGGCCGUGUUUGGGUUUGGCAGACGAAUGUGUCCCGGCCGCUUCCUUGCCCUCGAUUCGCUAUGGACAACAACUGCCUGCAUAAUAGCUUUAUUCGAUAUUGAGCGGAAGGUAGACGAUGAUGGAAAAUUGGCCCCAUUGCCAGAGAAAAUGUUCACCUUGGGCAUCGUCUCGCAUCCCACACCAUUCCCUUGUUUCAUCACCCCGAGGUCGGUCGCCAGUGCCAGACUCAUUCGAGGGAUCAAUGUGGCCCAAGAUACUUGA